ACCCCGUGUGUGUUUAUAGCCUACAAACCCUGACAUAGCAAUGGCGUUUCUCUCUCUCACGACCCCCGAGAUCCUCACAAACCCAUAAAUCCUCAUUAAAAUUGGAAUAACGAUUGUUCAUCAUACAAAUGACAUGAACCAAUGUCUCUGGACAGUAAUUAGCUCCUGCAAAUUCACGCCCAAGUGUUUUACCACGUCGUUGGGGCAUUACCUGUGUACAUGUACCAUUACCACAAGUGUGUUAGUGGCAGUACGCCCGUGUUACCUCUUCAAUUUCCCCCAGAAACCGUGCGGCACGCCAUCCUCCACUGAAAAUCGUGUUCACCGAGUGCCUCGGUAGUGCUUCCAGAGGCUUAAAAAACCUCCACCACUCGGUUAAUCCCCCACCUCAUAUACUCAUUAACACUAACAAGCUAUUGUGAAAAAAAAACACAUAUACACACAAAUAUACGUGACUCCGGGUUGUAAUUGUUAAGUUUGGGCGAUUUUCGUUGGAUUUUUUACACCGCGUGGAUGAGCCGGUGGAAUAUCAAGGUGUUUUAUUGCCUCCUGGGGGAUCCACGCCCUUCUCCAAUACCCAGUGAACACUCCCGUCUUCCCCAAGACUUCGAUAAUUGAGGGAAAAUUGUUCCACUUGUGAAUUAACGCUCUGACAUUCCUCACUUCCGCCUUUUUCUUCCAAUUAUUUUUUAUUCACUCCAAUUUGUUAUGGACGAGUGAAUAAUUAUUUCCACUCAGAUGUCGGAGUUUUUGAUUCAGGAAGUGUUGCUGAUGUUUGGGGGAAUAUAUUAUCGAAAUGAAAAGAAGGAGAAAAUUCAUGCUGGGAUGAAAUAAUAAAGAGACACAGAGUCCUAGUGGGCUGCCAUGGACGAUGAAGAGCGUCUUGAGGGUGAGGAGGAAAUGGAGCUUGACGAGGCUUCCGACGGUGAGGACGAUGACGAGGAGGCCAUUGGCAUACCAAUCUCACCGGCUAACUCUGAUCAACUUUUCACUAGUGUUCCAGUUACUCCAGGCAAUGUUUUUUAUCCAGUUACCCCAGAGGAGCCAUUCGAUCCUCUACGUUAUCAAAAAUUUCCCCUGCCAGGAGGCAAACCAUUGAGUAUACGUCGAGGUCCUGGGAGGCCGAGAAAAGAGCGACCCCCAGGAGGUACUUCAGUUCGUGGACUGGGAGCUCGCAGACCAUUUGGCAGAGGCUCAACACGUGGUAAAGGCCUGGGUUAUGCUCGCGGUGGAAUACGCAGAACAAAGAGCAAGGAUGACGAUACGCAUUCAGAGUCACAGAGUCCUCUUAGGCUAGGUGAUGAUCCGGGUGUUGAGGGAGAGUCUUCGGGCAUCGACAGAUCAAUGCCAGCGCCAGAAGAGCCACCCUAUGUACCGGAAAAAUGGCCAGGAAAGGUGUGUGCAUUUUGUAAUCUCGGUGAACGCAGUCAACUUGGUCAGGGUGAGUUACUCCAGCUCACCUAUCCUGUUGGUUUCGUACCCGAGAAAAAUGCUAAUCGUGAGGAGACAGCCGAUCUUCUCAUGGACGUGUCUUCCACCGGUGACAAGAGUCCGCGUGGUGUCGGCCCUGGAGCUGUCACCUGUCGACGACAAAAGAGCCUGGCUAAAUGCAGAAAUCCUAGUCUUACUAAUUUCACUGAACCAGUGGAAGAAUUAACUAUUGUUGGCUACUCAGAGGAGCCUGAUAUUGGAUUACUCUUUGAAGCAACUGGAAUUUAUUAUGUACAUAAAUCGUGCGCUAUUUGGUCGAGCGCUAGUAGAGAUAUCAUCACAGAGAGCAUAAGCCAAGCGAUUGUUGAUGCAUCGUCUCGUCGUUGUGCAUAUUGCUCGCAUUAUGGUGCCGGUAUACCCUGCAAAGUGGGCUCGUGCAAUCGUUAUUUCCACUUUCCCUGUGCAGCAGCCUCCUCGUGUUUCCAGGAUACAAAGAGCCUCUCCCUAUUCUGCAAACAGCAUUUGGGCCAAGUGCCUCUUCUCCUCAACACCGACAUUGCUUGUAUGCAAUGUUAUGGAAUGGGUGAUGUCUCGAAUCUGGUUAUGUGCACAGUUUGCGGUCAACACUACCAUGGAGCCUGCUUGGGACUGGCACUUCAUCCGGGUGUUCGAGCAGGUUGGCAGUGUGCCCCCUGUCGAGUCUGCCAAGUUUGUCGUCAACCAGACCAAGUAUCGAAAGUGAUGCUCUGCGAACAGUGCGCCAAGGCUUAUCAUCCAGGUUGCCUUCGUCCCAUUGUCACGUCCAUUCCCAAAUAUGGCUGGAAGUGCAAGUGCUGCCGAGUCUGCGGUGAUUGUGGCUCAAGAACUCCAGGAGCUGGACUGUCAUCCCGCUGGCAUUCCAAUUUCACUGUCUGCGACUCGUGUUAUCAACAGAGAAACAAAGGAUUUUUCUGUCCAAUAUGCAAACGGGCUUAUCGAGCUGCUGCCUACAGGGAGAUGGUUCAAUGUACUGGCUGCAAGAAAUUUGUCCAUGGCACUUGUGACGCUGAAGCUGAUCCCCUUACCUAUCAGCAACGGAAGGAAGCCAAACCCGAUUACGAGUACGUUUGUACAAACUGCAAAACUCAAGCACUGACUAAACGAAAGGACAACAUCGAGGACUACUGCGGUGACUCCUCCCUUACCGCAUCACAAGAAAGUUUAUAUGGGGAUGGAGAUUCAUCUGAGUUUGAUUAUACUGCUGAUGACGCAUUGUGCAUGGGUUUGGGCAAGGGUAAACCAUUUUGUGCUUCGAAAAUUGCGAAAAAGAGGUUGGGACUUGCAGGUAUUGUGGGAAGGCCCAAAGGUGUUGGCAAAUUGGGCUAUCAGAAGCGUCAAAAAUUGAAUGAAUUUGGGAGAAAGAGAGGUCCAAAAGCCAAGAUGAGAGGUAUCUUUGGGGUGCCUGGUGUUGGCCUACAAAAACCCCAAUCAGAUUCGUCGAAGGAGGAAGAGCCCGGUGUGGAGAAUAGACUAGUGUUAUGCUCAGCAAAGGACAAGUUUGUCUUAACCCAAGACAUUUGUGUUAUGUGUGGAGCAAUUGGCACUGACUCAGAGGGUUGUUUGAUAGCUUGUGCUCAGUGUGGACAGUGUUAUCAUCCUUACUGUGCUAAUGUUAAAGUGACAAAAGUUAUAUUGCAAAAGGGAUGGAGAUGUUUGGAUUGCACUGUUUGUGAGGGCUGUGGUGAGAGACAUGACGAGGGACGUCUUAUUCUGUGUGAUGAUUGUGACAUAAGUUAUCAUAUUUACUGUAUGGAUCCACCACUAGACUACGUGCCUCAUGGUACAUGGAAGUGCAAGUGGUGUGCAUUGUGUCAGACUUGUGGCUCAAAUGAUCCAGGCUUUAAUAGCAGUUGGCAAAAAAAUUAUACCCAAUGUGGGCCCUGUGCAUCGCAUUCAGCUUGUGCCUCGUGUCAGGAGCCCUAUAACGAGGGUGAUUUGAUUAUUCAAUGUGUACAGUGUGAAAGAUGGCUGCAUUGUGGUUGCGAUCAUAUUAAGACUGAGGCAGACGCUGAGAAAUGCGCUGAGGAGGGAUACAAUUGUAUUUUGUGCAGACCGAGGGAUGUUCCACCACCACAUAUCCUAUGUAAUCUACCCAAACCACAGUUGCAUAAGUAUCCAAGAUCACCACCACCACCCCCACUUGUACGAAGCCCAGAACUUUAUAAACCAUCGACCCAACAGUAUUUAGUUGAUGGAGUUUAUCUUUCUGAAGCUGGUAUGCAUCAUAUCAAGUCAUUGACUUUUGAGCAACAGCAGACAAGAAAGAAGAGGCGAAAAAUGCUGCCUGUUAUUGAUAAGGAUGCGGAUAUUAUGGCCACCAUUGAGUCUGUUGUGGCUGGAAGUAGUUUAGAUAAUUCUUUGGAGGAGAACGGCAAACACAUGGAUGUUGACGUGAAGAAUGAACCUGAUGAAGUUUUGAAGGAGGGCAUGGUAUGGACACAUGGUGAUCAACCACCGCCCGAGGGCUACAGUCUCUAUACAACUGAAAAUGGAAUUUCGGUGUUGAGGAGAAAACGACAGAGAAAUCUUCAGAAACUUGGAAUUGGGGGAUUUGUUGUGAGACUGAGAGGAACGAGAAAAGAUAAAGAGCAUGAGGGUGAGCCGGAUAAGCCGGUUGAAGGGGGCGCUAUGUCUUUGAGUGAUGACAAACCCAAGAAGAAGGGUCAGAGGAAGAAACAACAGCCGAAAUUGGCUGAAAGUUUUCCACUCUAUAUGCAGGAGGCCUUCUUCGGAAAAGAACUGAUGGAUGUCACCAAAGACAGAGAUCUCAAGAGCAGCAGUGAUUCGGAUAGUGAGAGAAAUGUGUUAGGCAAUGGUGAUACAAUACAAUUAUCCCAGGAUGAGUUGAAAGCUAUUGAACAGGUCAAAGCAAAGAAUGCCAAAGAGGAUCAGCAGGAGUGCAAAGUACCCAAUGACACCUUGGUCAAAAGGGAGGAAAUUAUGGAUGAUGAUGCCAGUGAUACCGAGGCACUUGGUGAUAUUUUACCCAUUUCCACCGAUUUACUUGAUACUGAUGAGCUUGUUAACACUAUUAUGAAUGAGCCUGAUGAAGAUCUGGCGGUUAAAGCUAGUGAAGCACUCGAUGAGCUUGAUGAUCCACCUGGACAGAGUAGAGAUGAAUUGACGGAUAUUCUCAGUCCUCAUUUUAAUCUGGAGUCCAUGGUGAGAGACACAGGGCUCCCCAAUAUGGACAGCAAAGAUGUUGAAGAGAUAUUCAAGGGGGUGCUCACUGAUGAAUCUCAAGAAUCUCAAGAAUCGUCAGUAUUUCCCAUUCAGGCGCAAACUCCUCGUACUCCUUCCACCACAACACCACUGGUGUCACCAUCACCCCAUCCUAAUUUGCCGACAACAAUUCCACUUGGGAGGCCACAAGUACCUGGCUCACUUCCACCUGUGGCACAAUCCAAUCUUAACUCACCCAUGAGCUUCCCACCGCCAUCGCCUUAUCACUCUGAGUACAGCAAUAGUCCACAAUUUAGUCCUGCUUUCUCGGAACCACCGAGUCCCUGGAUCAAUCCUGAUGAGGAGGGAUCAGGGGGACCAGUUGCAGUAGCCACUGGUAAACAGGGGAACAAUGCCAAAAUGUUCCAAGAUGAAAAAUUGGGUGCUGAAGCUACUAUUUCAUCAGUUCUGUAUGCCAAUAUGAAUCAUCCCGAGUGGAAGGAAGAAUUUCCAUCAUGGCCGGAGAGAUGUAAACAAAUUCUCAAAAAGUGGCGGGCUCUGCCGAAUGAAACUAAAGCCCCAUACUUGACACAGGCUCGUGACAAUCGAGCGACAGUACGCAUGAAGAAGACUCAACAGAUAUCCAAGGAUAUACCAAGCACGAUCCAAGUAACAGCAACAAGUUCACCCAACAUCAUGACGAAACCAGUAACAAGCAUCACAUCAUCCCAAGUAACUCCACUAGUUGGAAUGGGUACAGGUCAAAAGCAAAUUGGAUUGUUGGCCUCAGUGGCCAGUGAUAAAGCCCAGGAGAAGCAAGGAUUACCAGGACAAGUGCAAACAGUCAUCAGUGGAUUAUCACCAGUUGUUGGUGGUGCUGGUGUAUCAGCAGGCUCACAAAAUAUAGCGGAGGAACAGGAUAGACUGUCCAAUCGCGAUCGAUCGACUAGAGAGGCUGAGCAAGAACGCCAGUGGAAGCAGUUGCAAGCCCUUAGACAACAGCAGGCACAAUUACAACAGCAAGUUAUUCAUGAACAACGUGUACAUGCUAUGACAAGAGUUCAUAGGACAAUUAGUGACGAUGGAUCUCAGAUGACUACUGAUGCUAAUUCUGGGCUUACACAAUUACAAGUUACAACGUCACAAGAUGGUACCCAACUGGGACCAAUGACAUCACCCUCGCCAGGUUCCCGCGGCACCUUUGCCACACCCCCAUUGAAAGUAAAUCGAAUAGCGGCUCCACAGAGCCCCCUGCAAGGCCAUCCUCGGCUACCAAAUCAAGCCUGUGCCACUGUGACACGUCCAGUGGGGACAGUCGUUCGCCCUGGGUUGACAAAUACCUUCCCCCAACCACCCUCACCAUUUUCCCCACAGGCACCCCAGUCACCCCAUGAUUUUCCUCAGUCGCCAGCCUCCUCCCAGCCCCAAGAGCACUUCCAGAGGUUCGAGAAUCCUGAGGGCUUCAGCCAAGGGAAUCAAACCCCUCGUCCAAUAAUGUCAGGUACCCCUACCUACUCCACAUCCCCUAGAAACGAUGUAUUUUCUCAACCACCUGGUACCCCACGCGCUAUUUUCAAUCCACCAACACCUCGUACAACCACACACGUCUAUGCUCCAUCACGUACUCCCGAUCCUUAUAGCAAUCAGCCCCAAACACCUUCGCCAGCGUCGAGUUAUACAUCACCUAGGGCAGAAUCACGACAGGAACCCCAGCCGUCUGAGGUAUUCAGUCAACAGCCUGAAGUUAAUCGACAACUGCGGGAUCUCCUUCAGAGACAACAGUUCAGCAAAAAAAUUGAGCAAAUACCUGGGAAUUGGAGUCAGGAACCACCGAGUCCCGCAGGGGAGGGAGUUCCGCAGCCGUUUGAGCAGGGACAUGUUCAGAUUUCUCAGCAUAUACAGCCGGCUCCUAAUAACGUUGAAGGAACUUUCAGACAUCCUUUACCACCUGGUAUCAGACCCAGAAUGCCUCUUCAGUUGAAUGUUUUCAUCAGGAAUUCACAAGGAAAUGUCGACGCAAGGCUUCAAGGAAUUGAUCCCCGAACACGUAUGCUCGUUCAGCGUCCUCCAAUUUCAAACCUUCCUCAACAGCACUUCCAGAAUCAACAGCUCCAAAAUCCCCAACAAAUUUUGCAACAGAGAAUGCCAGCCCCCCGGAAUGCAAUGUCCGAACAGUACGAAAUGCUCCAGCAGUCUCCUCAAGUACCUCAGCCCCACUCCCAAAUUCAAGCUACGCCUCAAUCUCUAAGGUUCCCAGAUCCUAAUCAACCUAUGCAGAGGAUCGUUCGCGCUCCUCAGGAUAUUAAUCAAAGUGUGAGAAUGAUGUCACAGCAGAGCAUGCCACGUCCACCUCUGAUACCAGCAACCGUAAAUGAUAAUCCGCCCACGUCAGAAGCUUCAGAAAUUCCAGAUAAUGUGACAGCUGAACUUGAGAAACUCGAGCAGGAGGGAGCACCCAUGGUUGAGGUCGAGGGCGUCAGUGCAAUAUUAGGUGAUUUGGCUGAAGAUGAUGACGAACUUCUUGCUGAAAUGGGUGCAGAUUUCAAUAUCCUUGAGUACGCUGAUCCUGAAUUGGAUAAUAUUACUGGUGGCGAGAAGACAAACAUCUUAGAUAUGGACUUGGAGCAGGUGGAAGUCGAGACGAAGGAGGAGAAGUUGAAGAAAGAAUCCAAAGUUGAGGAACAUAAGACUGAAGAAUUGGGGGGAACGCCGAGUGCUCAUGAGAUGGGAGAUACUACCACUGUUUCAGCACCAGUGGAAGCACCCAAUGUUCCUUCUGCACCUGUUCCAGUACCUCACAUACCUACGAGUCAGAAUCAGGCAUCCAGUGUCCCUAUGCUACCGCAAAAUCAUCCACAAGUGGUGGCUGUCCAGCAGCAGAUGAAUCAUCAUUUGCAACAAGCUGCAGCUAUGGGCAGGCCUAUUCCUCCAGGAAUGAGACUCACUUCGCUUGAUGGGGCUAUUGUUGGGGUAGUCACGUCGACGAAUACUGUUACUGUUAGCUAUCCGUCGACUUUCCCGGGGCACGCACAGAGAGUACAGCAACCCCAUAUGCAACUACAACAGCAAAGAGUAGGCAUGAGAGUACCAGGUGUUCAAGGAGUUCCUGGUCGAGUGGUAUCUGUCAGUCAUAUGGUUGGUCCUCGAAUGCCACUGGCACCACCACCUCCGCCACCACCACCACCUUAUCCAGGCCCUCCACCACCAUAUCCAGGGCCCGUACAGAUGGGGCUGUGCCAAGGUGGGCGGGGUAUGCCACGACCACCGGUGCAUAUCGGUCAUCAAAUGUCCGCUCCUGGUCCACCGAUGGCACCAGUGGUACACACGGGCUCACCUACAGUCGUACCACAUCCACAUCGUAGACCCCUGCUUCUCCAGCAGUCGUGUUCGCAGGAGCAACCGUUGUUACUGGAGGAACUCUUAGAGCAGGAAAAGAGGGAGCAGGAGAAACAACAGAAACAACAACAGGUUGAGGCUGCAACGGCAGGUCCUCUAUUAAGCGACGUUGAGUUCGAAAGACUUCGUGCUGAUGUGCUUGGAUCAGGAACAUUAGGAUCGCCUCCUCAUCAGGCUAUUGCUGGUCCCACUACUGCACCAAUUAUCCGACCUCCAGGCAAGCCACGACCUCCUUCAGCACCGGGGCCUUCGAGUCAAUGGCCGCAGGUGCCUCCAGCCGUUAACUCACCAAUUCAAUCGCCUAGACAGCCAAUUGCGACCCAGACAGCACCAGAAUUGAGAAUUGCAACAUUCAACAUUCCGCACCUACCAGCACCUCCAGCUCCUCCCGAUGUCAUUGUCAGUGAACAAGAUCGAAUAGUCCAACUCCACUACGAGCAAUGGCUAGUUCAUCAAGCCCAAAUUUUAAAGCAACAACAAACCUACUACGAAACAGAAAUGUUGAAACUUCGAAAGGUGAAAAAAUCACUCAACAGUAAGAAGCGUCAGCUCAUAAAAGCUGGUAACGAGUUAACGGAGAGUGACGCAAUCGAGCUUAAAAGAAUCUCAGACGAAGCAGCAGCACUCCAGAAAUUCCUGGAGCCUAGUAGAAAGCAAUUUCGUCAGCACAAUAUCCUGGCUCAAGAAUACCAGAAUAAACAGCAGCAAAGGCAGGUUCAACCUCAGACGUCAGAGCCCUGUUCACCUUUGAUGUCACCCUCUCAACAUUCAUCUCCAAUGCACAGCCCAGCUGGACUUGUGUCUCACAGCCCUGGGCCAGGCUCAGCAGGAAUGAUUCAACACUCCCCAGCAACAUCGAUGAUUCAACACAGUCCAAAUGCUCAGAUGUUGCAGCACAGUCCAGGAACACAACAGCCAACUAAUCCUGGAACUAUGUCACCUCACAGCAUGCAACCCUCUCCUAGAAUAGGAACGCCGCACUCUCAAGGUGAGGAGAGUCCUUUCAGCCCUGGAGCAAUGCCAUCUCCCGGCAUGUGUGGACCAUCAGCGAGGAUGACAUCUCCUCAACAUCGCGCUGUCAUGAGCAGUAGCAGACUUGCCACUAGUCCUGGAGCAUUCCCCCAAGAUCGAGGGAACCAGCAAAUGAUGAGUGAGCAGUCUGUGAGACUCCAAAAUAUUCAUCAGAGAUUCGUGAGACCCUCGAACAUUGGGGAAAUGGGACAAAGGCCGAGAAUGCAGAUGCAGGGAGGAAUCAUUUACAAUCAACGAUCACCUCUGGGCAGUCCUCAACCCUCUCAACAACAGCAUCAACAGAUGAUGACUCAACAACAGCAUCAACAAUUAUUGCAGAGACAAAUACAACAGCAGCAGCAACAGCAACAACAGCAACACGAAAAUACAAUGAAUCAAGAACAAAACAUAAUAAAUCAGAGAAAUAUUAUGGCCCAACAGAGGCAAAUGCUGUCCCAGAACCAACAGCAACAGCAGCAGCACGUAAUGCAGAAGCCUCCAACCUCCCCAAUGGUAUCCCAACCUGCAAACUCUCCAAGUCCGCAGCUUCACCAACCAAUGCAACAAAAUUACGGACAACCUCCGAAUUCCCCAAUGCCUAGAAGUCCAAUGGUGCAACAGACAAUGGGUUCUCCAAUGCUUCAACAGCAAUUGAGCCAAAACUCUCAACCCCCUAGUCCUAUGGGAGGGAGAAUCCACCAUCCCCCAACAUCGCCAAUGGUCUCCCAGUACCAACCGAAUCCUCCCAGCCCGAUGGCGAGAUCUCAUCCAUCAACAUCUCCAAUGCUAUCACAUCAAUUGAAUAAUCAACAUCACCCGCCUCCUCCCCCGAGCUCACCAAUGCCCAGGAGUCCAAUGGUCGCUGGUUCUCCCAUGCAGAUGCAGAGAAGACAAUCCAGUGGAAACAGUCCUGCCAUGCCGGAUAGACCUCAGAGUGUAGAAAAUCCAGGAACACCGAGAACUCCUCACACACCCCAUACCCCUCAUUAUAAUCAACAAAACUCUGGACACGUUGACCAACAACAACAGCAGAUGAAUCAAAAUCAAAUGGAAACUUCUCAGUCAGACCAUCAGAAUCGAGGAGGUGGAAAUCCUCACAAUCCCAUGAAUCCAAUUCCCUUAAAAAGAAAUUUUGGAAGGUUUGGAUUCAUCAAACUAGGGCUUCGAGGAGGCUCUCCCAUGUGGUCUACUAAACCUGAAUCCAGCAAAGGAAAGACAGAACCGAGAAUAUCAACCAAUGCUGUGGCCGAUGAAAAACCGAAUACCUCAGCUGUUCAUAGGAAGACUGGCAUCUCUCAGUCGAAAAUAAAUAGUCUAGUUUGUGCUGAUUACAAUGAUUUUGAUGAUGACUCUCAUACUCCACCUCAAACACCACCGAAUAGAGCAGAUUCUAAGGUCAUUCAGGGAACUGUUCCGGAUAAAUCUAGUAGUCUGGGUAUUGAGAGCCCCAGUGAUAAAUUGGAAACAAUGCCUGACACGACUGAUUACGAUGAUGACAAGACAAUACUGAAUGAAGAGGUGACAUUGAGUUCUACAGCUCAAAGGGACAAUGACGAUAUUACAGUCAUAGAAGAAUUCUCGGAAUCAGAGCUUGGAGAUGUAGUCCUGGGUGCUCUGGAUCCGGAAAUGCAGGAGGAAUAUGUUCUCUUUGAACAAGAUAUGGUGGUAGAUCUCUCAGUGGAUUCCAAUGAUUCAUUAAGUCAUGCAUUAGUUAACAAUAGCAAUCAAAAUCAUGAUCUCGUUCAGAUCCUUGAAAUUCAACAAGCUCAUGACGAUCAUGUCCUCAGUGAUGAUGAAUUAAUUCCAACUCAGAAUAGAAACAAGAAGGGGCUUCGGUUGGAUAUCGUUAGAACUCUUGGUAGUGGAAAACGUUUGGUGGCUGUGACUGAUACUCCUGAAUCACCUGAUCAAGAGGAGUUGAUCGAUCAUUCACCUGGGACAUCUCCAUUCCUCGAUGACCGGGAAGAUCACAACUUCAUGACACUCGUUGGCGAGUCCGAGGUGGUCAUCAUUGAUUCAGACAUCAAGUCCCCUGAGGAUCAUUUAUCUAAGGAGGAUUGUGGAGACGAUUGUGAAACUGAAAAGAUUGAUUGUAAUUCUGUGGAUGCUAGUCAAAAGACCAUUGAUAAUGUGGACACAUCGACAUCUGCUGAAGGGAUUGAUAAGAAAAGUCCUCAUUUCAAUUUUUCUGACAAGUCCCCUACGAGUUCAACCGCAAUUGACAAUCCACCUCGGAUUUGUUCUGAUGUUCAACUUAUUCCUCUCGAUGAAAUUAUGGUUAUUUCCUCAAAAACCGCAAGUAGCCCUCCUCCAGGAAAUCCAGUGAAAGAUAUAACUUCGGCUCCAUCAACUGACUGCCAGACGUCAUCGGUUUUACAUGAGAAAGACUGCAGAAAUCUUAUUGGUGAUGUACAAAUCUUUGUGACAUCAAGUCCAAUUGCCAAGGAAACUCCAUUCGUAAAGCAACAAAAAGUCAACUCUGUUGACAUUACUGAUGGACCAGUUGGGGCUCCUAAAACCGAUGAUAAACAAGAAAUCACUGUAGAAUCGAGAUCUGUAUUCCAUACACAAAUUGAAACUGAGACAAUUGUCAAUCCUGUCUCUGUGAAAUCCUCAACGGUCUCACCUGUGAAUCCAAAACCAUUGAUUCCGGAGUUAUCUCCAAAAGAGAAUCCAUCAUCAUCACCAACAGUGAGCCCUGCAACGUCUGACAAAGUACCGGCAAUCAAUAAAUCAAAAAAAGAUCCAGAGGACUUACCUUCCAAGGUUGAACAAGUCAUCCCCAUUCCAGCUAUUGCUAACUGUACUACAUCGUCCUCAGAAAUCCUCGACGAAUCCUUAGAAGAGAAGAAGACUGAUCCUUUAAACACAACCGACGAGCUUGAGGACAUGCUGGAGAAGAUCCACAAUCCCGCUGAGAGUGCUAUGAACGGUGAGAGUAAAAAGGAAAAGCCUGUUGUCUCGCCCCUUCAGAGGAUAUCCCCAGUUGUCGAUGAAAUGUCCUUAGUUAACAUUCUUGAAAGCGAUACAGAUCCCAUCAUCAGUGAGAAAAAACAAGACGAGAGAGAAGAUAAAUUCGACCUAAAAAUUCAAAAACCCGAGUCUUCAACCACUUUAGACAGAAAACCCGACCUAAAAUCAUCAUUAAAGCCUUUCGAAGAUUCUGUUCAGCCAUCAGAAGAUCCAUGUGAGUCCCCAGAGGAUAUCCUGGAUAUGCUGGACAACAUAAUCUCCACGAAACCAGAAAUGGUAGAUACUGACAUUCUAGAAGAAGACAGAUCCAGAAAAUCGAGCCUGAUUUAUCAACUACCAACUCCUUUGGAGUCUCUUCCCCUAAAUAUUCUUCAAGAUUCGUUGAUGGAUUUGGAGACGUCGGGAGAAAAUGAUACUCACAAUGAGGAGCCCCCACCAAUUCAAAGCUCAGUUAAAUCUCCAGCAACAGAAAAUAGGCCAGCAAGAACGAAGAGCCCAUCACCAUCUCAGCCCCCCACAACAGCGGUGGUUAACACUGUUGCACAGUUACAACGAAGCACGACGACAGUUCCUCAUUUAUCACCCAUAUCAAAGCCUACAGAGUUGACUUCGAAUGUUGCAAACGUCUCCCAUCAACUGAGAACCUUAUUGUCAUCCCUGCAGACCAAUCACUCACAGAGCUACACGACAGCUGGACAGGCGACAUUAGUCUCCAUGGUCUCAUCAGUCUCCUCAAUAUCAAAGACAAGCAUUGUGGUGACUGCUACCGGAACGAACUCUCUCAUUAGUUCAUCAACCACAAUAAACUUCACUAAAUCCUCAGGCGACACCACGAGCACCUACUCAGGUGGAACGAAGGAAUCUUCAAGUGUCAUUCCUGUAUUAAACAAAACCACGGCUUCAGAACAGUUUAAUAGAAUCUCGUCAAGCUCAGUUGGAGGUGCUCUGGCGAAUUUACCUUCUCCAACGAUUACCUCAAGACCUGGGACUAAUUCGGGAAUUUCUAUUACUUCCAAUGCAAUGUUGAAUGCUAUGCUAUCCAGAACAACUUCGCUAACAAAGCCAACGAUAGCUGGUCAUCGAGCUAACACCAUCACCAGUAACUUAUUGAGUUCGGUCCUGCCAACUCCAACAGUGCAAAAAUCGCAGAACAUCCAGGCAAUUCUCCAGGUGAGCUCGAGUGGAUCAAUUCCAGCGAAACCUUCUCUGAAUGCCCCAACAGUGGCAACUUCUUCGGUGCAGUCAGCGAAGACUGUUGUGCCUCCAAUGGUAUCCAACGUCAAUACCAUCAAUGUGACCACUUCAAUUCUCCAAUCAACGUUAUCACAAGCACCAACACUUCUUCAUUCACAAUUGUCUGGACAGAAUCAGUAUAAAACAACAGGGCUUUUACCGAUUGACAACAAAGGUGGGGAAUCGGACAGUCUAGUUCAGACCACCAAAGAUGAAGAGGUCAAGGUGUGUCAAACUGGAGUUGCUAAACCUGAAGAUAUUAAGGGGAUGAAUGCCCACAGGAUGGAAGAGUCUCAAAACGUUCUUCUCAAACAACUCUUGCAGAAUACAGCAUGUGCGACGACAGCACCAUCUUCAUCGACAUCAUCGGCACCAAAUUUGCCAAUAGUUCCAUCCUUGGAGGCCCAACUGGCACGACCUAUUCCUACUCCACCACCAUCACUGAUACCACCUCUAUUAAACAAAAUCCCAAGUACGAAAGCAGUUACGAAACAAGUGUUCACCAGGGAAACAUCAUUCGUAUCUCAAGUCCCUGUCUUGAAAACUCAGAGUCCUCCCACGAAAGAAGACUCUCCGAAACCGACGACUUCAGUAUCCUCAGGGUCCGUUCCCCCUCUCCAGACAGUGCAGCCUGUUCAAACCAUCCAAAGAUCAAUGGAAAAUGUCCCAAAGGUGUCAUCUCCUCAGAUCGUAUCUCAACCUGUUGUAACAGUCGCUACUAAACCAGUUCCUCAGACACAAAAAAUUGAAUCUCCCUCUCAGGCAGAGGUUUCCACAGCUGUCAGCACUGUUCCGGUUGCCGCAAAGACACCGACGUCAGAGUCAGCACCUUCAGUGCAGCAAAUCAGAGUGACAACUGUUCCAACGACAUUCGCGCGGCUCGUACCAACAGCUAAACCACUCCAGCCGCCUCCAGCACAGAAGAUAAUGCCUCCAAGUCCACAACUAUCAAAUAACAUUCAGACUCCACCACAACCAUCAACACCAGUAUCAAUAACCCCUCCACAGACACCUCAACCCCAGAAUCAGGGUAUAUCAGGAGCACCGCAACAAAAACAAACAGUUCAAAUACAACACCAAUUGCCCCAACAACUACAAACACCAAGAACCCAAGUAGUUAAUACUCUACAACCGUCAGUGCCUCAGACGAUGCCCAUUAAAAUUGGCCAUCAAGCUCACCUCCAACAGGGUGUAAUUGCGCAACACACAGUGCCUUUAGUUGAAGUUAAAAAAGAAAUUCUCGAUGAAGUACUGUCGGGUAAUCCACCAGUGCAGAAUUCUGAUGCCAAAGAUUUUCUUACUGCCAAAGAGGAGAUUAUGGAUGGUACCAUUGACGAUAAAACGGAUCUGAAGAAGAUGAAGAGAAGACAGUAUCAACAGAAAAGACGACAGAGCCAGGGAAAGGAUGCCGCUUCCCAGCCACAGAAAAAGAGAUCACGCAAGGUGUCACGAUUGGAUGAGGAUUACGAUACGUUUAUAGAUAACCUGAUGGUGCAAUUGCGUCAGUUACCUCAAAUGACAGUGCUGGAGCCACUUCUGGGGAGGAACUUCGGCGUUUGCCCCAUCUUUGGAUCUGGAGACCUUCCAAAAAUCGGGACUCAGAGGGAGUACAACACUAGGACUGGUGACUGCACGGGAGUUUAUGGAGUGGCUAGGCUUCUGGGUGUCUCUGAUCACUAUAAUACCCAGCCUUUUGGCGAACAGGAGCCCUCGACUCCUCAGCAACCAACUUCUACUCAACGAGGCUUCUACGAUCAAGAGUUUCCACCGCUCAAACUGGAUGAUGCUCUUGAUAAAAAAGAGAACCAGUUGAUGACUCGUGACGUUGACACUCCAGACACAAUUGUUAGUUCUUCUUCUCCUGAGUGUGUUAUUCCAGAAUUCGUCAAUCGUUUUCCAGGAUUGAGACUCAUUGAAGAGGAAUCUGACGAAGAGUCUGACUGGCUGAAAAGAGUCUCUCCAGUUAUUCCUCUUAUCUCUCCCAUUCCAAUUCGUCUGAAACCAGCUCACAUCAAAGACAGUUCGAAACAGGAUAAGGAGAAUCUGGGGACCACGAGAGUGGGCAAAUCUCCACCAAUUGCUCUACGUGACAAUGGCAAUGUGACGGUGACAUUGACACUUAAUAGUCAAGCAGCUGAUGACAUCAUGGGGGUCCUCAAGGAUCUCGCCAAUAUCCUGAACAUCUCCGCACCUAAUGGCUACCAGAUUGUGGAGAGAACAACAACUCCACCGUCCCAGAAACUUGGACUGUAUCGAACGAAGGGAAAGGAUGGCAAAGAGGGUGCACCUAUUGAUAUCCAGAGCAUCCUCAAUGGUGCUGCUAAAUUCUGUCGACAUUGUGACGUUGUGAUCCUCAACAGCUUAAUCCGUAAAAAGGUAUCAGAUCUCCCAUUCCUGAGUAAGGAUGAAGCAGAACCAGGGGAUGAGCUCUGCUUCUGUUCGGCUGCCUGCUAUAUGCAAUUCGCCCUUAUGCAUCGAACCCCAACAACCCAGGGGAAAGCAGCAACAAUAGUGGAUCAUUUGUGUUCAAAAACAGACGUUAAACUUCUGGACAAUACUCUGAAGAAGAAAUUCCAAGACAAGCGCUCUCUAGACAAACCAAAUCUUAUAUUGGAGGGUUUGGACGUCGAUUCCAUGGAGAUCAAUCCUGACAUAAAAAUCAAAACCGAAAAAGAUGAUUCCGAUGGUACCAUGAUCCCUGAUGAUCUAAUGCAGCUCGAUGAGAAGAGGCCCAAGAAACAUUCUGCAUCUGACAAUUUGGCCAUCGAUCCAGCAGACACUCAGCCUCCAGCCAAAGUCUGGAGAGGACUCAAAUAUAAACUCUGGACAAUGGGCGGUAUUCAACCAGCGACGAAGUAUAAGAAACCAACGGACAGAGAGAUUACAGAAAUGUUGUUCAGAAUGGGAGUGACUGUUUCUCCGGUGAAGACUGAAGACAGUCGUCGAUGUAUGUUCUGUCAGAACCAAGGGGAUGGCGCUGCUGAUGGACCCGCUCGUCUACUGAAUUUCGAUGUUGACAAAUGGGUGCAUUUGAACUGCGCAUUGUGGUCUGAAGACGUUUAUGAGACAGUCAAUGGAGCCUUGAUGAACCUGGAUGUUGCUCUUCAACACAGCUUGGUCCUUAAUUGCGUGGCUUGUGAAAAACCUGGAGCCACUGUAAAGUGCUUUAAAAACAGAUGCACCAAUGUUUACCAUCUUGGUUGUGCAGUCAAGGAUGGUUGCGUUUUCUACAAGAACAAGAGCACCUUCUGCGCUCAGCAUAUCCAGAAGAACGACAAGGAUAAUGAACUAACAACUCUAUCAGUCUAUAGGAGAGUCUACGUCAACAGGGAUGAGAAUCGUCAAGUGGCAGCUGUCAUGCAUCAUUCUGAACAUAAUCAUCUUCUCAGAGUGGGGAGCCUCAUUUUCCUCAGUGUGGGCCAACUACUGCCUCAUCAAUUAGCCAAUUUCCAUACUAGCAAUUAUAUCUAUCCCGUGGGUUACAAGAUCGUGAGAUUCUACUGGAGCAUGAGACGACCCAACAAACGAUGUAGAUACGUCUGUUCCAUUCACGAUGUCUCUGGGCGGCCAGAAUUCAGGGUCCUCGUGCAGGAGCCUGCCCAGGAGGAUGUUGAAUUGAGGGAUGCAUCCCCCAGGGCAGUAUGGACUAGAAUUCUCCAGCCGCUGGCCGAUAUGAGACAGAGUACGAAUAAUGUUCAGUUGUUUCCGAGGUACGUCUCUGGGGAGGAUUUGUUCGGCCUGACGGAGCCGGCUAUUGUUAGGGUCCUAGAGAGUCUCCCUGGAAUCGAGACGUUGACAGAUUACAGACCCAAGUACGGAAGAAAUCCCCUUCUGGAGUUGCCACUCGCUAUCAAUCCAACUGGAAGCGCCAGAACUGAAGGACGACUCAGAAAUCAACUGCCUUGGAAGAGACCGCACACCCAGAGAACUGGCUCCUCAGCAAGGGCCACCUAUGCUCCAGCAGCUGCUGUCGCUGGAGAAGUGGCGUGUCCCUAUUCUAAACAGUUUGUACACUCCAAGAGCUCGCAGUACAAAAAGAUGAAGCAGGAUUGGAGGAAUAAUGUCUAUUUAGCGAGAUCCAAAAUCCAAGGUCUGGGGCUCUAUGCAGCGAGGGACCUCGAGAAACAUCAAAUGGUCAUUGAGUAUAUUGGGGAAAUCAUCAGGACCGAACUUGCCGAGACCAGGGAAAAACAAUACGAAGCUAGGAAUCGAGGAAUUUACAUGUUUCGACUUGACGAAGAACGAGUGGUAGAUGCAACGUUGUGCGGUGGCUUGGCACGUUACAUAAAUCACUCCUGCAAUCCCAAUUGUGUCGCCGAGAUCGUUGAAGUUGAGCGUGAUCUCAGAAUCAUUAUUUUUGCUAAACGGCGAAUCUCACGCGGUGAAGAGCUGGCAUAUGACUACAAAUUUGACAUUGAAGACGACCAGCAUAAGAUAGCAUGCGCCUGUGGUGCGCCCAACUGCCGCAAGUGGAUGAACUAAUCGAGCUCAAUCCACAAAACACUGUUGUUAUUGUUGCUAAGUUUUUUCGGUAGGUUUUACAAUGGAGAUGAUUGAAAACAAAUUAUAUAUAUAUUAUAUAUAAAAAAAAUGAAUAGACAUAUUAUUUAAUUUGUAAAGUGCCAUUGCAGUUUGUCUAAAUGAUCGAUUAUAGUGAAGUUGGUGCUACGCCAUCACGACAUUCCUCCAAAGUUGUACAAUAUUAGCUUUUACUUGAAAAAAAAAAGAGAAAUGAAAGCCGCAUUAUGGCGGACAAAUAAUGGAGAGUGGAUCGAAUCAACUUGUAAAUUUCAAUGAUUUAAAUAAUGCAAAUUGAUAAAUAGUGGGGUGUUGAAGAGAAAGAGGGGGGCUUAUGGGUGGUGAAUGGAAGGAGGAUUUAUGAAAUUUGUAUCUUUGUAACUGAGAUGUGUGGAGCCAAAAUAAUUUUUAAAAGAAUAAUGGUUUAUCCACAUUGUAAUAUAGAAAACAUUUAUUAAUUGAUGCAUAUACAAUUGCACUCGUGUCUGUACAUAGGUAGAAGUCCAAUAUUAUUUUCAAUCACCAGAAAUUGAGUGAAUAAUUGAUGAAAAAAAACAACAAAUUAUGUAACAUAACAAGUACCUAAUGUAAAAUUAUAUACAAUUAUAACUAUUUGAUUAUACAAUAAUAAAUCAAUAUAAAAAAUA